AUGGCAGUCUGGGUGGAGGAGUUGACCGAAGACAGUUUCAAAAUCUGCCUCAGGGAAGUAAAGAUUUUCGACGGACUUCACAAAGGCAUUGCUAUUGUGAGCUUGAAAUUUUAAAUUGCUUUUCAAAGAUCUUUUAAGAUUCUGCAAUGAGCUGCCCAAAGACGCUUAUUUGCUCUUAAGUUUAUCAUAAUCGCAAGAAAAAUGGUCGAAGUUAUCAUAGAUUUGUAAAGUUCUUACGUAUUAAGUUAUAGCAAUAAAUAAAUAUGCCAAAAUUUUAAGUCCAGUUCUUUUUAAUAUGUAAUUUCCAAUUUGGUAAAACAUUGAAGAAAAAAAAUACAUUCCCCAAGUAUAUUUCUGUUACCAUUUACUGCUUUGGAAGUCAGCUGGAACGCUUUCUAGCUUGAACCUUAGUAUAAGAAAUUAAACCAUUUAAUGAGCUAUACUUUAGUACUCGUUUAAAUGAAUUGAAAUCAGAUUCCUUCUUCCGUAAAACUUUAGUGUUAUGCAGACCGCGGGGAAGGGGCUUUUGCCAGGCUCCAAACUUAAGGCUCAUGCUUAAUGAGUACCAAGCUUAGCAAUCUUCCUAAAACUUGUCUGGAAACAUUUGUCCCCAAUGUCAAAGUGUCCGCUGCCACCGAUUGUUGACAGCCAUAUUUUGCAAAAUUUGGAAUUUUCCCUUUAAUGCGUUUCUUUCUUUUUUUCUAGAUUUUCUGAUUGGCGUAAAUGAUAAAAAAUUGUUAAAGAGAAAAUUGUAAAAAUGCAAUCAAGGUUUUUGAAGAAAAUUAAUGUACAGAAGUGUUGAGAUAAUUUUCCAAGAAUGUUCAUUUCCCUCUGAAUUUUAUUGCUGGCACAUUAAGUUUGCUUUCAGAAUAUUCUUCUACACACAAAUAAGCAAAACAAAUACAUUUAACUUGUUCAAAAUCAAUUAAACGGUGAAAAUGUAUUCUUCAAAUAUCCUAAGGGUGUCUAUUUAAGAUCUGCAAUUCAGGUAGAGUGUUCAGUUAGUUUUAUUUGAAUUGACAACAAGAUAGACUCUGUAAUAUCGGUAAGGCUAAUCGUUACGAAAUUGUUAGAAAUAUUCUUUAGUGGGAUAAGUGUCUUCAGCCUUCCCUUAAUGACACGAUAGUUGAGUUGAAUUCAAACACUCCAUCGACGAAACUGGAUUGAAAUGCUCUCAUUUCUUACAGAUGCAUGCCCGAUUGAAAGUUCCAGUUCCUCCUGUUCAUCAUCCUGUCACUUCUGUUGUUAAGGGCAUUAAUCAGUGUUAGCCUACUUCGCAAUUUAAUCAGACACCUUCCCAUUUAAGUGUUUUCUAUUAUAUUCAAGCUGAAGUCACACUACAUAAUUUUGUUGGUCAGUUUAUCUCAAGAUGUUAGAUAUGUUGAGCACUUUAUUAUGACCAAAUUAUCUGGUCUAGCUAUAUUAUCAUAUGCGGUUUUUUAGUUAUAGGGGGCGUGCUUCUAACUCCCCCCAGCUUAAUAAUAGCAGACACCUGAUUUAGUAACAUCAUAUGGCAAAAACGGCUUCAAAUUUCUCAAAUAUGAUUUUUAUUUCAUUGCUACAGAACUGGAUGGCUUAUACAAACCUCAGUAUUGGAAACUUCACAUUAACUGACAGCCUCUUAUUUACGAAUUAUAACUUGUUAUCUCAGCAAGCUAACCACGCCUUUUGCCAGGUACGAAAGUAAAUUGUUAUGUUGGUAAAUGGCCGGAGCACUAAGAUUUAUUUCCAUUAAAAAAUUAGAAGACAGGAUGAUGUUCCUUUUUAACAGAACCAAUAAACAACUAAUCCUUAAGUUGUUCUAAAUAUUCUGCAUUGUGUGUUAAUUCAUGGUCAGGAGUAUUCUGCGAAACAAGUCGAAACUUGCUUGUUAAAGUCUUUUGUUCAUUUUAUUUAUAAUUCUCAUGUUUUGCCAUUUAUCUUGAAUAAAAAAGUUGUUUGUAACAAGCUAUAUCUUUCUUUGACAGCAUAUCAACUUUACAGAUGAAUUCUAUGCUCCUCCUGUGGUGAUAGUGACGGCAAAACGCAUCAAUAACGAUUCGCGUUUGUCUGGAUGUAACGCAAUCACCGCUUGGGUCGAGGUAAAAUUGUUUUACAAACUUACAGAUAGCAAAAGAAUAAUUUAACGUUGAAUCUUAAUAAAUAUGAUCAAUCCAUGCAGUGAUAAAAGAAAAGAAAUCCCAGAUUGACAAGAAAGACAGAAAGUGUAAGAAAAUCUUUUCACAAAGUUUAACGCCGCGCUAGUAUCUGUUAUCAGUGGUUUUCACGUGACGUCAUCAAAAUGAAUACAAAUUCAUCAGUUAUAGAGCAGCAUAACCCAUAUUUUUACAAACUGUCUGUUCGAAAGGGCUCUUUAUAGUUUUGACAGUGAUAAACUACGCUGUUAAUUUUUAACCUUUUGCGUGACGCGGCAUUUGAAGGAUCUGGAAGGGCCCAGAAAACUGUGAUUUGGGUUAGAAAAUUGUCUCCUUUUUUUGAGAUUGUGCCAUCCCAAACACAGACAUUUUUGUUGGUUUCUGACCGCUAUAUUGGUGCCCCUCUGAGGAACAACAACAUUAAGUUCUGUAAAUUUGGGGAAAAAAAAUUGUAUCAGUAUUUCCGCAUAACAGGAAAUAUCACAAAGGCCUGAGUCUUUGCAAAGGUUUUUGAAUAUAUUUAUUUAUCUUCUUUCAUUUCCCGGAUUCUGGACUUUCUUUAUCACACAGAAUCGAUUUCCAUUUUUGAUGGAGUGACAGUGAUAACCGGUUCAAAGGAAUUGGAGGAUGAAUAAAAUGUUCAAACCAAAUCAAUUUUUUUAGCAGCUACGAGUCCUCUUACUGAUUCCUAAACAUUCAAACAACUUUUAUAUCUGUGGUUAACCGUGCAGUUUUCGUCAAAGUUUCUCAUCACCUUUACGUUUUGAUCGUUUGUUUAGUAAAAUUUUCAACACUGCUUUGGAGUAAUAAUGUUAUUAGCAGUCUCGAUUUUCUACCCUUAGUACACUUCCACCGCAAAAACAGAGAUUUGUGUUCGAGUUUAUGAAACCAAGAGCAAGGAUACCAUAAAAGUCGAUUAUCUGAUUACUGGAGGUAGGUAUAUCACCCAGUAAUGUAAUAAUCGGCCACUAAUGUAUUACUAACCACUAAUACGGUAAUAAAAAAAGUUAACAACUAAUGUGAUAACAUUCUAACCUUUAAUGUAAUAAACAACUUAACCACUAAUGUGAUAACUUUGCGACCAUUCAUGAAACAAACUCAAAGAGAACUGCUAAUUGUUUUUUUUGAGAUUAUUAGGAUUUAGAAGAUCAUAUGGUGCACGGCAAAAAAAUAAUCAGACGACCCCCUGCUUUGAUGUCAAGUAAUGCCGUUUCAACGCAAUAGAUCAUUUAGGGCUUGUUCCAUACACUUCCCUUUUACUUGAAGAAUUUAAAAUCUACUUCUCUUGAAUUAUUUCUUAGCUAAUUUAGGCUCUAGUGUAAAGGUUAAUAUUGUCACUUUGUCUCGUUAACACUAACAGAUCCUUUAGAUAGAAGAACGGUGUUUAAUUUAUAAGCGUCAGUUCAACAUGAAUUCCCGAUAACAAGAAUGAUAGCUUCCAUUAUUCACCUCACGGUUUUUCUCUUUCUCUCCCUCGCCAUGUUCGGUAAAACUUCGUUGAAAUUAAAGUAAAAGCAAAAAAACAGCAACAACAACAAAACAACAAUCAAAUAAAUAAUAAAUAAAAUGAAUAAAUAAAUAACGAUUUGCAGGUAGCACAUCCACAUACUGGUUCUUCGUCUACCCGAUUCCUGGUUGAAUUGGAAUUUAGAAAUGCUGGUUUUUGUGGAGUGUGGAAUACCGGAGCACCCGGAGAAAAACCUCUCGGAGCAAGGGGAGAGAACCAACAACAAACUCAACCCACACAUGGUGUCGACGCCGGCAUUUGAACCCGGGCCACAUUGGUGGGAGGCGAGUGCUUUCACCGCUGCGCCACCCCUGCUCCCCUAAAUCAAGCCCUACUCUAGAUUAAUACUCAUAUAGACCAAAUCCAAAUCUCGGUAUGAGCACUUAAUUCCGUUAGAUAUAUUAUGCACACAAAAAAAAUGAUAAUCAUGCAUCCUUUGUUUUACACAGACCUGGAUCCUUGUAUAGAUGGCGUACACUGUGAUUAUCAUGGUCUAUGCAAAGCUUUUGGACCAUACGAUGCCCGCUGUGUGUGCAUAGACAGUUGCCCAUCUUAUCAAGAGCCUAUCUGUUCUUCUAACGGAACGACGUAUGACAACAAGUGUCUCUUUAAGCAGGAAAUGUGUUUGUUACAGCUGAACUUUACUGUGCAGCAUCCUGGGAGCUGUGAAGGUAUCAGUGAUCUCGUAACUUAUGGUAUCAAUUGUUAUUUAAUUCAAUCACCCAAAUUAACAACCCCUAAAAAAAGAAACGUCAAAAAGUCUUCACUAACAACUUAUCGAUAUCACAUCUUCUGAAUCUCUAUCAUCAGUACCAGUUGAAAUUCGUUUUAAAGGUAUAAACUGGUUAUUGAAGCGAAGCUUCCCUGAACAUAUUUCUAUAACAAAAGCACAAACGAGGAAAUUUUACCGUGACGCGAUUUAAUUAAAGCGAAAAAUGCGUCGUUUUAGUAACGUAAAAUGUGAAAAACUGAGGUCAUUUAGGAAGGUGAACAGUUUAUGACUUUAAAAAUAUUUAUAAUCUUGUCUAAAGAGGAGCUCGAGACAAAUCGCCUCAUCAUAACUCGAACUCUCUCAUUCUUUUUUUUUUCUUCUUUACAUUUGCAUUUUUGUACUACUUUGCAGGGUUCCCAUUUCAGCGUGACCGGCGUCACAUGCCUCAUAUACCUUCCUUGGGAUACUCUCACUGUGAAGUAAUUGGUUUCCGACCAUUUGUGUUCUAUCCUGAUAAACCCGUUCAAGUGCAGGUAACUGUCAAUCACAUCGAUACAAGGGACACGAAUUACGUCCACGAUGCUGCUGUGUCGUGGAUUGAAGAUGUGACCUACGAACAAUUCACUGCGUGCGUGAUGGCGGCUGGUUUCAACGAGCGCAGGUCCCGUGCUAAUGUGUCCAUAGACUGGAUAGCUUAUCAAGGAGCCCCAGAAGGUGGGAUCAGUGGAGAGGUGCGCAUGUCACAGUGGUGGACUGGAACAACAUGCAAGACAGUGCGGUUUCCUUCAGUAAGAGAUUUUUUCCACUUCUCUAAAAUGUGCUUUUACUUUAUUUAUUAUUACCUUGGUUUGUUAAAGUUUUGCCUGGUUGCACUGAAUGACAAGGGAGAAAAAGAGAGAUUUACGCGCAAAAAGUAUAGUUUAAUACCUACGUUUUAGCGACGACGGCUAACUUCCCUGAAUUUCGUCAUCGACGAAGGCUGGACGACUUUUUGACAACUUUAAACCGCUAUACAGGUUCGCGCGGCAAAAUUUCAUUCAAUUCCGGUCGGCGUCGUCGAUGCUUAAGGUCCCUAAUUACUAUCGUUCUACAUCCACGUUGGCCAAGGCCUAAAUGUAAUAAAGUCCUAAACGUAAAAAUAUUUUGUCCUAAAUGUAAUAACAACUUGCCCUAAAUGUAAUUAACUCUUUUAAGUUGCCAAUUAACAUCUGUACAGUAAUUUCUCGAGUAAGCGCCACAUUUGGGGCGAGGAAGUUUAAUAGCCGCGCGCGCUUAGUCGCGCAAAUACGGUACUAAGCGGUAUUAUUAUGGUAUUAAGCACUGCCCUCAAAUAAGCGCCGUGGGGUUAAUUCGCAUAAAUUCGGUACAUUUCUUUAAUUAUGCACUGUGGAAUAGUUCUAAAUGCGAAGUUGAUCCGUUCCACGCAAACGAAACCCGAGUCUAUUUCGACUAUAAAAUUGAUCAAUUGGAUUUGAUGCUCUGUCUCCUGUAACCUCGCAAAAAGAUUUUGGAGUAACGGUUACUGGUGACCUUACGUGGAACCAGUACAUAAACAAUGUUAUCUCAUAAGUACAGUGUUGCUGAACAUAAGGAUUUCUUCGAAGACACACCUGCUGCGAUUUGGACACUGACAGACACCAGAAGACUUUUGUACCUUGCAUUCGACAGAUCUCCCCUGAAUUGUGCUGGUGAGAUCUGGGCACCUCAAUCUAUAGGAAAUAUCUCUAAAGUUGAAAGUCUUCAAUGAAAAGCUACAAAAUUUAUGUUAAACUUGAGUUGAACGGAAUCUACCAGCUGCCAGUUGAGGCUUAUUAAACUGAACCUCUUGCCUUUUCCUUUUUUCUUUUGUUAUGAAAUCAAUGAUCGUCUUUUCAAUUCUACUUCAGAUGCCGAUUAGGUCACUACAGUAUCUGUCAUAAUGAUUUUGUACAGCAGCUUAGUUUUAGAUCUGUCAAUUUCUAAGUGCCGCAUUACAUUGUUUUAAACUAGUUAUUUCAAUCGUUUACCUAUUAGUUAUGGAAUUAUCUACCAGCAUCUAUCUGCUCUGUUUUAAUCUCAAUAAAUACAAAUUCGUCAAGUCCCUGAGCUCAAUGGACACGAACAGCGUGCCUGGGCUAAACUUUACGACGUCAACAUUUUCAGCACGUGAAAAUUUAUCUGCCCCAAGUGCUGCGUUGCACGUAACAUCAUAUGAAGUAAUAUAUGCUGUUACUAGAGUUACAAUUAAUGUUUUUUAAUACUCAUGAUAUUUUUUAACCUUCUUAGUAAAUAAUAAAUAUCAAUUUUUUAGCUGUUUUUUGGAUAAUUUAGUAGAUUUAGUGCCCCACUUUAACUGAAGCCUCGCUCUGUUGUGUCACCCUCGCCAUUGGUUUUGUUUUCCCUUAGUAGAAUUUUUAUUUAUUUAUUUAUUUAUUGAUGUUUUUUUUGUAAAAGGAUCAAAUGCUGCACUACAAUACGUCAGCAUACACACACAAAAAAAGUAAAAGUCUCGCUCCGGCAAUAUACACACCAUGUUAGAGGGUGUGCUCACAGUUCGGGUCAUGGUACAUCCAAUUCAAAACUAACAGACAGGUACUUUUUUUAUUAUGCGGUCAUAACACAUGAAAACCGGACAACUGUUUUUAAAGUACACAUGCAGACAAAAUACAGAUGUGUGGACCUCAAUUCCCAGUUUAAACAUAGUGCCUUCGUGUUUUAAGCUAAUCCUAUGAGACGUUACCUGUUUGAAGAAAAACUAGUACGAAACGCCUUCUUCACUUUGUCUUUGUUACUACCUAUAGCAAGGAAGUGUUUUAAUUGAUUAAUUAAUUGAUUAUUAUAAAAUAAGUUAUUUAAAAGUUAUAGAUUUAAACUUUUAUUCACAACAUGGCUUGCUUAGAAAAUUUGAUACAAGUAAUUUUUUCUGUGUGGGUCUAGUCUCCAAAGGAGCCUUCGGUUUUGUGACCGUUGCACAUCACCAUGCCGGACUGAAGAGAGACGCCGCCAGUAUUUGGUUGGAGGAUAUCACGCGAUCUUCCUUUAAAAUAUGUUUAAGGGAACUACAAAAUUAUGCGGGCUCACAUGAGGACAUCUAUGUCGUAUGUAGCAUACUUCAUUUUUUGCCUUCUUACGUCCUUUUCUCAGUAUUACAUUUGUUGCGCGUUGAGUUGUGUCAAAUUACAUAAUGUAGCGAAUUUUCUCUUUCUUUCCAUUUUUCUUUUUCUUUUUUUUUUUUUCUUUUCGUAGAACUGGUUGGCUUUUUCGUCACUUGACAAGCCCAUGUUCUCAGAACACAACUCAGUUUAUUUUGCAAACUCUCAGAAGCCUGCAGCCUGGAAUAAUAACGCAUUCUGCAAGGUCAGUAUAAAUAGUAUCUCGCUUAGCUUUAUUUUAUGUCACGUUUUCACCAUUCGUUAAUUUGACGGCUCUUUUCAUCGAUUUUGAAAUUCAUUGUAUGUUCUUUUAUUAGGAUAUUUCCUUUACCAAAUUGUACAAGAAUGCCCCAAGUGUAUUUGUAUCAGCGAAUCACACCUCCAGUGGGGGAGGGCAGGAUCCAAUGCACAACUCCAUAACCGCUUGGGUUGAGGUGAGUCAGUGGCUGCUAAAACUUAGAGGUGUGGAACGGUAUCGUGAGCUUGUGAUCCUUGUUGAGCUUGCUUUCAUGGCAGUAAACUAAUAAUGAUUAUAAUCUGUAGGAAGUGGUUCAGUGAUAAAAAGACUUGUGCUAAAACAUGAUUGAACUAACAUGGCUCCACACAUGUUUUCUUGCAUCUAAAGUUACGUUUUCCUUAAUUUACGUCACAUCUCUUUUGUUCCCGGGGGAUUUCAGUGAGAAGACUAAGACCAAUGGUUUGCCAAAAUGGCAGCAACUUUGAACGUUUAAGAAAAAAUUCUAAAAAAAAACACAACGUUGUGUUCGCAUCGCAAAAUUUUUCCGCAGACGAGGUUCUCGCAGUAAUGCGUACUUUCAAAUAAUAAUAAUAAUAAUAAUAAUAAUAAUAAAUGUUAGGUUAUGGGCACUUUAAGCAGUUUCAAUGACGUAACGACUAAACGCAGUGCUUUAAAAGUAGAUAAAACUACAAACAGUAGUCAGUAGCAGAUUAAUUUUUUGUCGAGACUAAGACAUGAUAAUUUAGGAUUGGUGAAUUAAAAAUGUAAAAAUGAUCAUCUGUUUUUAUUUAUUUAUUUUUCAUUUUAAUUUUUGGUACAUCAAUACAACAGGGGCUCGAGUGUGUACAAAGGAAUUGUACGACUCAAAGUACCACCCUCUCUCCGUAUCAUAUACUGUCUUGUCUGGUAAAGGGCGACAUCCUUAUUAGACUAGAAACUCUUUUACAUAGAUACAGCUAACUUAAUAUUAACCAACAAUAUUAACCUGAAAGGCGGUGCUUAAGGUAGACCUAAACCGGAUUACCCCAGCACCCAUUAAAGCGUAGAUGACAUUGCAAGGGUGGAUUUCUUUUACUGAGACGCCUCGGUGUGACAAAGUUUUCUUUGUUGCAGUUGUGAAGCACUUUUUGAACUUGAUGCGCAUAAAUUAGUACACUAUAUAUACUGUUAGCAUGGUUUCAUGCAGCUUUUAAGUGUCUUUAGCUCAGAUUAAAGGUAGGAUCUCGAUAUAUUUAUGUUUAUCAAACGUAAGGUGCAUAGAGUGAUAACUAUUCGAGGUAACUGAAUAUCUUAAUUCCACAAAUGUUGCAUCUAUUUUCCAGGUAUUUGCCAGCCAGGUUGGAGCUAUUUUAGUGGCUACUGUUACUUUACAAGUCGCACUUGUGGCUCAUGGCUCACUGCUGUAUCAAACUGUUCUACGAUGAGUUCCAGUUUGGUAACAGUUCACAACCAGAAUGAAAACGUCUAUAUUCAACACCGUCCCAACGGAGAGAGAGCCUGGAUCGGACUCAAUGACCGAAGUGUGGAGGGCUCUUUUGUGUGGACAAACAAAGAAAUAAGCAGUUUUAGGUUCUGGGCCCCACAGCAACCGAACGACUGGAAAAACGAAGACUGUGUUCACACUCUGAUCUUGGCGCCAGGCAUGGUUACACUUGGAAUGAUGUGCCUUGUCAUAACUGCUAUAACUACACUUGUUUUAAAGGUACAUGAGAUAAUAUUGGUUAGGUACUAAGAUAAGAAAUAAUUAUGUUUUUGUGACCCUUUUUGUGUUUUAGCCUGCAUUCAACUACAAUAAAGAAAGACCUAUCAGAAAAAAAAAAUUGAAACAAAUCAGAAUCUGACUGAAAAAGUUUGAGUGGUUUUGUUUUGAAAACAUUGUCAUUAAUCAUUAGUAAACCAAAGACUCUGGUAGAUUUCGUUGCAGAUUCUCGUUUGCCAUUUACACAAAUCAUUCUCAUUUACCGACAAAGAAAAUGUCCACUAAGCCUGAAAUCUGUACCAAAGAUGAGUUUGAAGAAAUAGAAAACGAGAUUCCGUUGAAACAUUUCGUUCACGUUAACUCUGACGUAGACUUGUAGGCGCGCUUCCAUUUCUUUUAUGUUUUCCACAGGGACGAAACGAAACCUGUUUUUAAAAGAAACAUUUUUGUAAAUGGCUCAACGAAUAUGAGCUCCGCAAGGCAAGCUUUUUAAGAUCCUUUUUGCGAGUCACGUUUUCCCCGCAUUUUAUUUCUCUUGACGGUUCACCCGUAAGACUAAAGAGUGUUUAUUCUCUACACUGUGUGAUUUUCCCUUUUAGACUUGGAUGAAUGUACCACUGUUUCCCAUUCCUGUGACGUCAAUUCUGUAUGCCAGAAUACCGUGGGUUCAUACACAUGCUCGUGUAAUGCCGGGUACACAGGAGAUGGAAAACCUUGCAAUGGUAUAUUAGAUAAUAAUUGAGGCAAAGCACGUCCACACGAAUCAGAUAAUUAUCUUUUUUACCCAGAUUCGUGCAAACGGGGUCUUAAACCAGUCUGAGCAGUUUUAAAAAGAUGCGGUUUCGGUGAGCGGAUUCACUAGUUUCGUGUGGAGGCCAAUGCCGAUUCGUGUGAAAAUAAAAAAUGUGGCUCUUAAAAAUAUCUGGUUCGUGUGAAAAAAGGUACAAUUCCUAUGCAGCGUAAAACUGACGUUUGACACUGUCACCUACUUUGUUGGGCAGAAAAAAAAAAAAGACUACAUAGACCGGCGACCAGAUGUAAACUAUCAGGCAGAUAUAAUCUCACGAAGAUUCCACUUUCUCAUGCAGAUAUCGACGAGUGCUCCACCAACUCUCACAGCUGUGACGCCAAUGCGGUCUGUAACAAUACCGUGGGAUCGUACGUAUGCGCAUGUAAAGCAGGAUACACAGGAGAUGGAAGGACAUGCACUGGUAAGUUGUAAAAAGUGUAACAAAUAUAUGUAUCUCUGUUUCUUCUGGGAAAUCGAAUUAGACUGGUCACAGUCCCCUAUUUUUCCUUAAGACCGUCGAGAUCGAAGACUUUGCGUUACAGGCGGCCGUCUUGUAUGAGUGUCAAAUCUACUUAGAGGGAGGAGGACAGUUUUCUCGCCUCUCUUCCCCCACGGCUAUAAACCACUUUCCCGCCCCCUCGUUACAUACAUGCAUGAAACUAAGAAAGCCGCCCGUAAUGCAAAGUCUUCGAACUCCACGAUCUUACGAAAAAAUAGGUGACUGUGAACAGUCUAUUAAUAAUUAGUGCUAGGAUAGAUGGUGACACCACCAACUGCUGCAACAACAACUAGAAAUCUAUGGUGUGGAAACUUCUCUGACUGGUCACUUUGUCUUGCUUCGCAUAAAAUAUUUUAUGAACGUUGUUUAAGCUUGUUAUGCGAUACGUAAGAGAGGAAAUUCUCUUGAUUUAUCAAUAACCAUCUCUUAUAGAGACCGCGCUUUCCCUGCUGUAUAGUUCAACCGGACUUUUUAGUGAGCAAACUGUAAUAAAACACCUGUUAUUAACUCAAAAUACUUCCGCGUUUCUGAUUGGUUUAAAUGUCCUUAACUAAUUCUUCAUAACCAGCUGCCGUUGACCAAAUUUGAGAGGUGUUUCGGUUAUCCUGUCAAAGAUGAGACUUGUAAGGCAUCCGCGUAGACCCAGGGAAAGUCAGUCGCGCCGUUUCUGCUGACUCUACUGAGAACCCCGGAAACCGCAUUUUUUGCACCUUAUUUGUAUAGAAGAAGCCUUAAACCGCUCUGGAGCGCGGUUUAAAAAAGAUGCGGCUUCGGUGAGGCUAUUCAUGGUUUCGUGUGGAUUAAAGGCCUAUUAGUGUGAAAAAGUAUGCGGUGCACUUCAUUAUUGAUUAUAAAAAAGGACAGCUGAAGGCUUGGUAGUUCAGUUUUGGUGAUGCUAGAGAAAAUGGCAAAGAAGACUGAAAGAGCCAAACUACCGCCUUUUAAAGAACAACGCAAAAUUGAACAGCAAACAUAAUACUCGACCGACGACAACGGCUCUUGAAGAUAGAUAUUCUUUAGACUGAACAUGCCCUGUUAUCCUGAAUUUACCGAAGAACAGGCCAAUGUUAUGAAGACGAAAGAAACUUUGCAUCGAUGAAGAGAAGCAUGAUUUAAAUGCAGAUCUAGGGGGCAGGGGGGGGGGUAGCAAUACGGACGCCGAAUCCAAAUUAAGGGUUUUGUUCAAUAAUAAGUUACGCUGAACUACCAUCAGGCAGAUGCAAAAUCGCUUCUCCUUAACGCUACCUUCACUACAUUUUUCCAGACAUCGACGAGUGUUCUACUAACACUCAUGUGA